AUGGAAUGGAGAAAAUGCUAUUUGGAUGUGAUUUUGGUUCCUUUGAGUUUUCUAAUUAGCAUUGGUUAUCAUUUAUGGCUUUGGCAUAAGGUUAGAACUCAACCACAUACAACCAUUGUUGGAAUCAAUGCUAGUGGAAGAAGAAAUUGGGUUAAUGCUAUGAUGAAGGACAAUGAAAAGAAAAACAUCCUGGCUGUUCAAUCACUAAGGAACACAAUAAUGGGAGCAACCUUAAUGGCCACAACCUCAAUUCUACUAUGUUCAGGUCUAGCAGCAGUUAUAAGCAGCACAUACAGUGUGAAGAAACCACUCAAUGAUGCAAUAUAUGGAGCACAUGGAGAAUUCAUGGUAGCACUAAAAUAUGUCACACUCCUCACAAUUUUCCUCUUCUCAUUCUUCUGUCACUCUCUUGCAAUAAGGUUCAUAAAUCAAGUCAAUAUUUUAAUCAACACACCGCAAGAUCCUAUGUCCCUUGUUACACCGGAAUAUAUUUUUGAGAUUUUGGAGAAAGGUUUCAUUUUGAAUGCCGUUGGUAAUAGGCUUUUCUAUGCUGGUCUUCCUAUGUUGCUUUGGAUUUUUGGUCCAGUUUUGGUUUUUCUUUGCUCUCUCACUAUGGUUCCGGUGCUUUAUAAUCUUGAUUUUGUGUAUCCUACUAAGAAGGGAAACAUGAAUGUGGAUCGGAAGGAGGAUUUUGUUUGA